AUGUCAGAUAUCCUGUUGGCUGAGUACACCCUAAAAAGAGCCCUUCGUGAACACACCACAGAUUUGAUCCCAACAACCAACCCACAUAUCCUCUGUACUCCGUUGCCGAAACACUGGCGAUCAAACAAAUCGUUACCAAGUCAAUUUCGUGUGGUCAGUUUGACAAAUAUUCCUGACGGAACCAGAGUCAGCGUGACAGCAGGGAAUGAAGAGCGCCCGUAUGCCGAGCUCAAAAAUCCUGUCACUAUAAUGCACGCAAACGAGGCGCGGUUCAGUGAUUUGCGAUUCCUCGGCAGAAGUGGAAGAGGUGAGUAG